AUGUCUAAGAGAUUGAACGAAGACCAAAGUCCAGGUAGAAACACUGCUGCCAAGUCUGAAGCCAACGCAGCUCCAGGUUCAGCUAAUAAGAUUGAAGCUGUUGAUGGUGAUGUUGAUAUGGGUGAAUUUGAAGAUCCAUAUAGUGAUGAAUAUGAAAGUGAUGAAGAAAUUGUUGAAAUAGAUGAUCAAAAUGAUAAUGAAGAAGAAGAAGAAGGUAAAGAUGCCCAAGAUGUAAUCAAGAAGGAUGAAGGUGAACAAACUUCUGAACCAACUAUUUAUUUACCACAUAAAUCAAGACCUUUAGGUCCUGAUGAAGUUUUAGAAGCUGAUCCUUCAGUUUAUAACAUGUUACAUAAUGUCAAUUUACCAUGGCCUUGUUUAACUUUAGAUGUUUUACCUGAUCAUUUAGGUGAUGAAAGAAGAAAUUAUCCAGCUUCAUUAUAUGUCACUACUGCAACUCAAGCUUCAAAAAAGAAAGAUAAUGAAUUAUUAGUUUUAAAAUUAAGUCAAUUAUCUAAAACUUUAGUUAAAGAUGAAAAUGAAAAUGAUGAUGAAGAAGAAGAUGAUGAAGAUGAAUUUGAUGGUGAACCAAUUAUGGAAAGUGAAAGUAUCCCAUUACAUGAUACUACAAAUAGAAUAAGAGUUUCACCACAUGGUGCAUCAACAGGUGAAUAUUUUACUGCAACAUCAAGUGAAAAUGGUGAAGUUUUAAUUUAUGAUUUAAGUUCACAAUAUAAAGCAUUUGAUCAACCAGGUUUUACCAUUCCAAAAAAUGCAAAAAAACCAAUACAUACUAUUAGAAAUCAUGGUAAUGUUGAAGGUUAUGGUUUAGAUUGGUCACCAUUAAUUAAAACUGGUAGUUUAUUAUCAGGUGAUUGUUCUGGUAGAGUUUAUCUUACAAAUAGAACAAGCUCCAAUUGGGUUACUGAUAAAACACCAUUUACUGUGGAUAAUAAUGAAUCUAUUGAAGAUAUUCAAUGGUCAAAAGCUGAACAAACAGUUUUCGCUACAGCAGGUACAGAUGGAUAUAUAAGAAUUUGGGAUACAAGAUCUAAGAAACAUAAACCUGCAAUUUCAGUUGUUGGUUCACAAACAGAUAUUAAUGUUAUUUCAUGGUCAGAAAAAAUUAAUUAUUUAUUAGCAAGUGGUGAUGAUGAUGGUAAAUGGGGUAUUUGGGAUUUAAGAAAUUUUAAACCAGGUCAACAACCUUCACCAGUUGCACAAUAUGAUUUCCAUAAAAGUGCAAUCACAUCAAUUAGUUUUAAUCCAUUAGAUGAAUCUAUUAUUGCAGUUAGUUCUGAAGAUAAUACAGUGACGUUAUGGGAUUUAUCAGUUGAAGCUGAUGAUGAAGAAAUUAAACAACAAAGAGCAAAUUCAAAAGAAUUAGAAGGUAUCCCACCACAAUUAUUAUUUGUUCAUUGGCAAAAAGAUGUUAAAGAUGUUCAAUGGCAUAAACAAAUUCCAGGUGCUUUAGUUAGUACUGGUACUGAUGGUUUAAAUGUUUGGAAAACAAUCAGUGUGUAA